AUGUAUCAUGCCAUUAAAGAAUGGGGUGAAACUCCUUUUGGCUUUAUUGAUGAUGUGACUAUUACCGUUGAAGGUAAAAUUGAAGAAAAUACCAAAAGCUUAAGCAACAUAUUGGAAAAAUGUUGUAAUUGGGCUAAAUCAAGAAUGACCAAAAUUGAUUUGGGUGAUAAAUUGGUUUUUAUUCAUUUUACAAAAAAUGUGAAACCUAAAGAUGAGAAAGUGCAACUUACUUUACCUAAUGGAGAACUUUGUGAACCCCAGAAGGAAGUUAAAUUGCUUGGAAUUACUUUGAACAAUCUGCUUGAUUUUAAAUCUCAUAUUUUGAAUAAAAUUAAUAAAGCAAGAAAAGCUGUUGGUGCUAUUUGGCAUCUUGGUGGCGUGCAAAAAGGUAUGCGAGGGUCUGCAGUCAGAUCACUGUAUAUUGCUUGCGUGAGACCAAUUGUCGAAUAUGGCUUAGAAAUUUGGCAUCAUAAAAUCUUGAAAGGAGAAAUUCACAAGUUGGAAGUGAUGCAGAACAUGGCUUUAAGAAGAAUUGUUGGUGCUUAUCGCACGACUCCUAUUGCGGUACUACAAAAGGAAGCUGGUAUUAUGCCAUAUAGUAUUAGGCUAAAAUUUAUGGUGGCACGAAAAGCUAUUCGUUUACACCUAAAUAUUAGCAAAACUAAUCCUAUUAAUGGUCAUUUGUUAACAUUGAUUGAGAUAUCUCCAAUUGCAAAGCCAACCACGCUUUACUUUUUGGCGAAAGAUGAUGGAGACUACAUGAUUAAGAAGGAUGAAAAAUGA